GAAGCACAUCUUCACCGGCUGCACAAAGUCCUUUUCCCACAUGCAUUCUUUUCCCUUCUCUUUUAAUACAUCCUCAUCUCUCCACCCCUUCAGUUUCGGAGGAGCCCUUCUGAAUAGGCUCUACUCUCAACAUCGAUCUUCUCAAAUAGUCUCAUAUAUCUGUCUUCGAUUCUUACAAAUAAUAACAAUAAAAAAAAAAAUAGUACUGAACUUCCCACACCAUAGCCUCAAACAUGACUCAAGCCAAUGGCCACCGUCGUGUUGAUCAAACAGUGAUUGACAUAAAGAAACCGCCGGUGAGCUUCACCGGGGGUCUGGUGUUCGAGUGCCUCACUUACACCGUUACAAAGAAGAAGAAGGUUGAGGAGAAGUGGUCGAAUCAAGAGGUGGACCUGCUGCAUGAAAUCACUAGCUAUGCACCAAAGGGUUGCAUCACUGCAGUGAUGGGCCCUAGUGGCGCAGGAAAGUCCACUCUCUUGGAUGGCCUUGCUGGGAGGAUUGCGAGUGGGAGCCUCAAAGGGAGGGUCUCCUUGGAUGGGGCAACUGUGAGUGCAAGCUUGAUCAAGAGAACUUCUGCAUAUAUCAUGCAGGAAGAUAGGCUUUUCCCAAUGCUAACUGUCUAUGAGACUUUGAUGUUUGCUGCUGAUUUUCGUCUUGGACCACUUUCACUUGCUGAUAAGAAGCAGAGGGUGGAGAAGCUCAUUGACCAGCUUGGCUUAACGUCAUCUCGAAACACCUACAUAGGAGACGAAGGUACAAGAGGAAUAUCCGGCGGAGAGCGGCGGCGGGUCUCAAUCGGCGUGGACAUCAUCCACGGCCCAUCCCUCCUCUUCCUGGACGAGCCAACCUCAGGGCUAGACUCCACCAGCGCCCACAGCGUGAUCGAGAAAGUGCACGACAUCGCUCGCGGCGGCAGCACCGUGAUCCUCACCAUCCACCAGCCCUCAUCAAGAAUCCAACUCCUCCUCGACCACCUAAUCAUCCUCGCAAGAGGGCAACUCAUGUUCCAAGGCUCACCCCAGGACGUGGCACUCCACCUGAGUCGCAUGCCACGCAAAAUCCCCAAAGGAGAGAGCCCCAUCGAGCUUCUCAUUGACGUGAUCCAAGAGUAUGAUCAGUCUGAGGUUGGAGUUGAGGCACUUGCUGAGUUCGCACGCACUGGUGUCAAGCCACCUCCUUUGUCUGGCCAACAACAACACUCUGUGUCUUCUGUUGCUCCGUCCUCGCACCUUAGCCAUAGGUAUGAGGAAAAUUCUCAGGACUUGUCUUACUCGUCGCAAGUGAGUAGAAGGGUCGUUGAUGGUUUUGAUCACAGUCUCAGAAGUUCCCAUAACAACAACACAUCAAUGUCGUGGAGCACUGGGAAUAGUGCGGCGUUUUUGAAAUUCACUCCUUCGCGGCUUAAGAAUGAUCACAAGCUGCAGAAUACCGCGAGAACCAAUGCUUCACCUGGAUACUACGCACACUGGAGUGAAAUCCUCGAAGCCACUCCAACACCCCGUAGCAGUGACUACACAGUGAAUGAGAAGGACUACCUCGCUCCCUCAAACGCCACACAGGAACACCUUGGAGCAAAGUUUGCAAAUUCCUACCUAGGAGAGAUUUGGAUCCUUAUGCGUCGCAACUUCAUAAACAUAAGGCGCACCCCUGAGCUCUUCCUUUCAAGACUCAUGGUUCUCACCUUCAUGGGCAUCAUGAUGGCCACCAUGUUCUUCAAGCCAAAAGAAACUUUGCAAGGAAUCACCAACCGCCUCAGCUUCUUCAUCUUCACAGUGUGCCUUUUCUUCUUCUCCUCUAACGACGCCGUCCCGGCCUUCAUCCAAGAAAGGUUCAUCUUCAUAAGGGAAACCUCUCACAACGCCUAUAGAGCUUCCACUUACACCAUUGCAGGCCUAAUCACUCACAUGCCCUUUAUUCUUCUCCAAGCAACUGCUUAUGCCGUCAUUGUUUGGUUUGCCCUAAAACUUAGAGGCCCUUUUCUUUACUUCUUGCUUGUUCUCUUCGUUUCUCUUCUUUCAACCAAUUCAUUUGUUGUGUUUGUGAGCUCAGUGGUUCCAAACUACAUCUUGGGUUAUGCUGUAGUUAUUGCCUUCACUGCCUUGUUCUUCUUGUUCUGUGGAUACUUCUUGAACAGCAACGACAUUCCCCAUUAUUGGCGUUGGAUGAACAAAAUUUCGACCAUGACGUACCCUUAUGAGGGGCUAUUGAUGAACCAGUACCAGACCAAUGAUACCUUUGGGUUUGGGUAUCUUGAUGGUGCACGGAUUACCGGUUUAGAUAUCUUGAAUAGUCUACAUAUUGACACUGAUGAACGUAAGAAGAGGACAAUUGUGCUUACAAUGUUUGGUUGGGCUGUGCUAUAUAGGGUUUUGUUUUACUUGGUCCUUCGUUUUGCAUCAAAAAACCAAAGGUCGUAGUGAACUAUAUAUAGUAUAUCUAAGGGAGAGUGUGAGUUAGUUAACCAUUUGAUUUGUUUUGCACUGCAAACAUUGCUUUACGCUGGAGGAGCUGUUAAAUAUGUUGCUUCAUUGUAUUGUAUUUUGCAUCAAGCUUUAUAAUUGUAUAAUAAAACUUGAUGGACUUUUUACCUGAUAAA